UGCGCGCUGUGGGCUCUUUGCGUCUGCGUAGUUCGUCCAACUCCCUUUCUGCCUCCGCUGCAGCCAUGGCGCCCGUGAAAAAGCUUGUGGCGAAGGGGGGCAAAAAAAAGAAGCAGGUUCUGAAGUUUACCCUUGACUGCACCCACCCUGUAGAAGAUGGAAUCAUGGAUGCUGCCAAUUUUGAGCAGUUUCUUCAGGAGAGAAUCAAGGUGAAUGGAAAGGCUGGGAAUCUCGGUGGAGGGGUUGUAACCAUUGAGAGGAGCAAGAGCAAGAUUACUGUAACUUCUGAGGUGCCUUUUUCCAAAAGGUAUUUGAAAUAUCUCACCAAAAAAUAUUUGAAGAAGAAUAAUCUCCGUGAUUGGUUGCGCGUAGUUGCUAACAGCAAAGAGAGUUACGAAUUACGUUACUUCCAGAUUAAUCAAGAUGAAGAGGAGGAGGAAGACGAGGAUUAAAAUUCAUUGAUCUGGAUAUUUUGUAUGACUUCUUGAAUAAAACUUGGGAACCAAA